GGGAUCCAAGGUAGCGUCUACCUAGUCAGCCAUCUUGGCCCCCUCCUGAAGGAUUUUUAAAAGAAGAAUUUUGUAUGGAUUUUUGGGUCAUCUCCCAAUAAAAUGUAAGAUUAACUCACCCCAGUCUACUCAUAUAUACAUGGUACUGCCACCAUGAAAAUCUGAUAUGGGCUGAACAUGCCCAAUGCCUCCUUGGUAGAGUGCCCCCUGUGUGAAAGAUUGACUAGAGGGAAAGAGAGAGGAAAGAAAACAAUUAUGAGAUUCCCGAGAAAGACAGUUAAGGGAGGAAAAAAGGUGUCAGAUUGGAGGUAAAGUCAGAAUUGGGAGUGAUAAAGAAUUUAAAGGGAUAUUUGGGAAUUGUAGAGCAGCAUAUGUUGAUUUUUAGAAGAAAUCUAGCAUUCUAAUUCUCCUCCCUAGCCUCUAGAUGCUGUGCAGUCAUGGAUGGGAGUAAUCAAUCUAGAGUCUCUGAAUUUUUCCUCCGUGGAGUAUCUGCAUCGCCAGAACAACAGCAGUUGAUCUUUGGAAUUUUCCUGAGUAUGUAUCUUGUCACCUUGACUGGGAAUGUGCUCAUCAUCCUGGCCAUAGGCUCUGACCUGCACCUCCACACCCUCGUGUACUUCUUUUUGGCCAUGUCUUUUGUUGACAUGGGUUUGACAACCUCCACAGUUAUGAAGAUGCUGGUAAAUGUACAGACGCAGCAUCAUACCAUCUCCUAUACUGGCUGCCUUACCCAAAUGUAUUUCUUUCUGAUGUUUGGUGAUCUGGACAGCUUCUUCCUGGCUGUCAUGGCAUAUGACCGCUAUGUGGCCAUUUGCCAUCCUCUCUGUUACUCCACAGUCAUGAGCCCCCGAACCUGUGUCCUGCUGCUUCUACUGUGCUGGGUCCUCACCACCAUUGUAGCCCUGACUCACACCCUCUUCAUGACUCAGCUGUCUUUCUGUGCUAUUGGGGAGAUUUCUCACUUUUUCUGUGACAUAACUCCUGUCCUGAAGCUGUCAUGUUCUGAUAUCCAAAUCAAUGAGUUGAUGGUUUUUGCCUUAGGAGGCACAGUACUCAUUGUCCCUUUUAUAUGCAUUGUCAUCUUCUACAUCUACAUUGUAUCAGCUGUCCUGAAAAUUCAAACACCUGGUGGUGGAGGUAGCAAGGCCUUUUCCACCUGCAGCUCCCAUCUCUAUGUUGUCUGUGUGUUCUACGGGACCCUCUUCAGUGCCUACCUGUGCCCUUCCUCUGUUGUCUCAGAAGAGAAGGACGUUGUAGCUGCUGCUGUGUACACUGUGGUGACUCCCAUGUUGAACCCCUUUAUCUAUAGCCUAAGGAACAAGGUCAUGAAGGGGGCCCUCAAGAGGCUCCUCAGUCGCAGAAGGAUUUUCUUCUCUUAG